GUUCAGGUUGCUGGAAAGCGUGGGUAUACACAGCCCAAAAAUAUAGUUCAACCCGGAACCUACACAGUUCUGGGAUUUGCGGUAAAAUGAUUCCGAGCUUUUUGCGCUAUAACCCGAUAUUUCUGGCAGGAUGAGGCUCUUUGGGGAAAAAACACAUAAAAAGUCUUCUAGGGUAGUCUUCGACACGCCUUGAGUUUGUCUAUUCUGCAUGCUCGCUGGUCUCGUUUCCGCCACCACCAGACUCCAGUAUUCCAAGCAAGAGAAAAGUGCCUCCUCUUACGCGGUGAGCAUACUGCAUCAGCCAUACAAGAUGACACUCCUCAAGAUUGUACUUGGCCUCGCCAUGAUGGCCUGCCAUACCAUCGCCGAGACACCAUCAGUCGCAGAGGUCUCAUUGGCACAGCUUAUGGGCGUCGUCGACUUCUCGCCCAUUGAAGUUCGGCAAGAGGGCACAUGCUCCCCUGGAUCUGUCCGCUGCGGCAGUGGCUGCAUGCCUGUCGGAUCCGUCUGCUGCACUCUCGGUUACUGUAGAACAGGAGAAUACUGCUCCAGCGGCAACACCUGCUGUCCACUCGGCAAGACUUGCUCAGGUCCGGGUGUCUGCCGGGACGGAGAAGUGAGAUGCAACACUGGCUGUAUUCCAGAAGGCAAAGUCUGCUGCCUGACCGGCUACUGCGACGCCGGCGAGACCUGCCUGACAAACGGAAGAUGCGGUACGGGCGGUGGUAGUGGUGGCGGAAGUGGUGGCGGCAGCGGUAGCACAACGACUUCAAGUCGGUCUACUAACCCCACCACCACUCGAUCCUCAUCCUCGACGACUCGAACCACACGCACAACAAGUCUUCCCUUCACAACACCAACCACCAACACCGAUCCCUUUUUCGGUUUCCCAAGCCAGACGGCUUCUAGGGCUGGAUUUACAACCACGACGGGGUCCAGGGCCGGGGAUGCUACCCCGUCUGCCACGCCCACGGGCGCUGCUGUUCGUGGGCAGCAGCUUGAUGGAUGGGUUGCUGGGCUUGUGGUGGCGGUGGGAGGCAUGUUGUUGUGAAGCGAGUGUCUCGCUCUGUUAAAGAGGGAGAUGCCGUGCUAGGGGAAGAAUUAUUCUGGUGGUUGAAGACAACAUCGCGAUUGUUGUCAUCCCCCAUGUUAUGGCUACCUUCCUGACCGAGGGCAAGCGCGUAUAUCUAAAUGCUGUAUGCACCACCAUUAAUCGGAUUGCAACUCUGAUCCACUGCUGGCUGGCAAGGCUUUUCGACUUUUGUCUUGAACCAUAUGCCCUUAUUCAUACCUCGGGAAACUACUUAGCAAAGUAUCCAACGAUAUAAUUAAUAAGAAUAUCCAGUUGUUAGGAAACUUGAC